AACUGUAAGCCCAUUCCCCGCAGCAUGGCGCUGUGCCAUGGGGUGGGCUACAGCGAGAUGAGGCUGCCCAACCUCCUUGGUCAUGGGACCAUGAGGGAGGUCUUGCAGCAGGCUGGCUCCUGGGUUCCUCUGCUCAACAAGCAAUGCCACUCUGACACCAGGAGGUUCCUCUGCUCCCUCUUUGCUCCUGUCUGCCUUAAUGAGCUGCAUGAAUCCAUCCAGCCUUGCCAAUCCCUGUGCCAGGCAGUCAGGGAUAGCUGCACUCCGGUGAUGUCCGCUUUCGGCUUCCCAUGGCCAGACAUGUUGGAUUGUAACCGUUUCCCGGUUGACAAUGACCUUUGUAUCCCUUCUGCCACCUCAGAGGAGGACGGACUCCUGCAGGAAGAACCCCAAAUCUGUGAAGCAUGCAAAGCUGAGGGAGGAGCUGAGAGGAGCAUUCUCACACAAUUGUGCAACAAUGACUUUGUGCUGAAAAUCAAAGUGAAGGAGAUCUCGUACCUGGACAGAGAUGCGACGAUUAUUCCGGAAGGCCGAAGCAGGCUGCUGUACGGGCCAGAGGGAUGGACUGACAGCGGGGAUGAGAGGUUGGAGCUGUGGCUGCCUGGAGGCUCUGGAUGUACCUGUGAUGAGCUGAGGGACCUGAGCGCCUCCUAUCUGCUGACAGGGAGAAAACAGGCUGAGGGGCGGCUGCUCGUCACCUCGAUCAGACACUGGAGGGGAGGAAAGAGGGAGCUCCGGAAAAUGACCAGGAGCUUCAAGAAAGCUCGCUGCUAAUCGUCGGACAUUACAGGGCAGCUCAAUAAAUAAUAUCCAACCAUCCCCCGC